GUUGGCACCAGUUCCUAUGCUAGUCGUAAUCGGUCGUAGUGGUCGUAGUUAACUGUCGUUCAUUAAGUAGGUGCGUUGUGGUUCUGCAGUUGAAUUGUUAUUCCCACAUAUUUUCGCAAUGUCAUCUACUGUUGGCAAGGUAAUCUCAUGCUGUGCUGCUGUGGCAUGGGAAGAGAAGAAGCCUCUUUCUAUAGAGACAAUAGAAGUGGCACCACCAAAAGCAGGUGAAGUCCGUAUCAAGAUUUUAUCGACUGCUAUAUGCCAUACAGAUGCUUACACCUUAGAUGGAUUAGAUCCUGAAGGUGUUUUCCCUUGUGUACUGGGACAUGAAGGUGGAGGAAUAGUAGAAAGUGUGGGUGAAGGUGUCACUGCAGUGAAAGAAGGAGACCAUGUGAUUCCAUUGUAUAUACCCCAGUGUGGAGACUGCAAGUUCUGCAAUUCGCCAAAAACGAAUCUUUGUGGUAAAAUUCGUACAACUCAGGGCCAAGGCUUAAUGCCUGAUGGCACAACUCGCUUCACAUGCAAAGGCAAAUCUUUGUACCACUUCAUGGGCUGCUCCACAUUCAGUGAAUACACUGUUGUAGCAGAGAUUUCUGUUGCUAAGAUUAGUGAAACAGCUCCUUUAGACAAGGUGUGUUUGUUGGGUUGUGGAAUUACCACGGGAUAUGGUGCUGCCCUUAAUGCAGCUAAGGUGGAGGCAGGCUCAAAUUGUGCCAUCUGGGGUCUGGGAGCUGUUGGCCUUGCUGUGGCUAUGGGCUGUCGAGCUGCUGGUGCCAAAAGGAUCAUAGGCAUUGAUGUGAACCCUGCAAAAUUUGAAAUAGCAAAGAAAUUUGGUUGCACUGAAUUUGUGAAUCCCAAAGAUCAUGAGAAGCCAAUCCAGCAGGUGAUGAUUGAAUUAACUGAUGGAGGCCUUGACUACACAUUUGAGUGUGUGGGUAAUGUAGGAACAAUGAGGGCAGCUCUUGAGUCAUGCCAUAAGGGAUGGGGCACGUCUGUGAUUGUGGGAGUGGCUGGCUCAGGCCAGGAGAUUAGCACACGCCCAUUCCAACUGGUUACAGGUCGCACAUGGAAAGGGACUGCAUUUGGAGGAUGGAAGAGCAGGGACAGUGUCCCAAAGCUGGUGGAUGAAUACUUGAAUAAAAAGAUUAUGUUGGAUGAAUUCGUGACUCAUAACAUGCCUUUUGAGAAUAUUAAUGAAGCCUUUGACUUGAUGCAUUCUGGAAAGAGUAUCCGUUCUGUUGUGAACUUCUAACAAGGAGUGUGCAUCACAGGAUAUUCCAGUCUGGGUUUAGAUAAUGCAGUGAUAUUGGUACUCAGGUCAUGUUAUUAUGUUAUAGAAAUCAGAAACAGCAAUUCAACUGUUUAAUAUGUGAAUUCCAAAGUAUGAGCAUUUUUUCUGUGAAAGCAUUAUUUUUUCAGUAUAUAUUAUGUGUAUACUGUGUUUAAUAAAGAAACUGUUAUUUCCAGUAAAUUUUAUGAUUAUUUUAUUUGAGGUUCUCAUGGUGGUAUUAACAUUUCAGUCUUCUGGGAUGUGACACCAUGUAAUUUAGUGGAUACCUUCUAGUGUUUCAGAAGCAUCAUGUUCAUUCAGAAUAGUGUUUUUAAUUAGUUCUACAGUCUUGUAUGCAACAAUUUAUUAAAAUUUAAUAUAAGUUAAGUCACUU